GGCGGAGUUGCGAAAGCGUUGGUUGUGCGGUACUUAAUCGGAGAACAACUUUGUCUUCCUUUAGCUCUCUGUGUGUGUGGAAGCAAGCGGAUCCCAAAGCAAAUUAAAUAACGAGAGACAAUCAAAUAAAAGUUCAAUAAAAAGUGAAUGCGCAAGGAGAUGAUGAAGUGAAAAUAAGAAAAUCGGUGAUAACUGAAACAGACACACACAAAAGGAGAAAGAGAAGCCAAAAGAAAACGCUGAAACAGAGCCUACACUUUGUGGCAAGCAACGAAAAUUCCGAGUCAUGAUUUGAGUUUCGGGCAAAGGAGUUGCAAAUGCAAAAACAACAAUGAAAUGCUGGCUCAAUGCAGGGAGGCGCAAGAAGAGGCAGCAGCAACAGCAGGAGCAGGAGCAGGCACUAGAUGGGUCGGACAGUCGACGACGGAGAGCAGGCGGACGGGGAUGCGGACGAGUGGCAAAGCUAGAUGGAAUCUGUCAGCGACAUCAACAAGUGGCCAGCAACACUUUGCUGGCAACAAGAGCCGGUCCGGCUCUGGUGAUGCUGUGGCUGGGGCUGUUGCUUGUGGCAUUUGCACAAAAUGGAGAGGCAACGGCAACACCAACCACAGCCAACGGGCCCGAGGCCACGGCAACAACACUAAACAGCAACACGACGACGACGACAACAGCCACAGCAGCAUCAUCAUCAUCAUCCUCCGCCGCCGCCGCCGCCACAGGAGCAGGAGGAGCAGGAGCAGCAGCAGCAGUGACAGCAGCCUCGGCACCAGCCUCAUACGCAGCUGGAAAAUCGACAAACAGCUGGGGCAUAGCCGAAAUCCAUGAUGAUCCAUUUAAAAACAUUGUCAGGAUUGGCGAUGGCAACACAGUCACUCGGGAGGCCAUCGAACAAUCGCUGGUGACGAUACACGACAUUGCCACCGAAAAUUUGGGCACUUUAUGCAUCUCGACGCUGUAUCGACCCCUACAAGUGCCCAUCAAUUCGGAGCGAUACGAGAGCUCCAGACAAAAGGCCGAUUUGGCCGCCUCGAUACUCCAGGAAGUUGGCAUCAUACGACACGGCGGACUCUCGGAUGCCUUGGCCAAUGGCCUGCUCACUGAUGACUUUAUAACCGGCGCACGCAUUUUGGCUUUGAACCUCACAAACGGCGCGGUGCAGUCGUAUGUGUGGUGGGUGAAGAGCAAUCAGGACAAAGUCAGCGGCGAGACACAGCGCUACGAUGAGGAGGGACUGCAAAUUGGCAAAAAGCCGGCCAACAAUUAUCCCUGGUUCGACGACGAGACGAGCACACCCACCCUCCGCUCACCGAAAUUCGCGCCCAGCCCACCGAGCAACUACUAUAAAGGCUGGUGGACAUACCCGUACUUCUCGUGCGCCCUCAGCAAGUGGCUGGUGUCGUAUAGCAUCGCGAUACCGCCCAGUGGCCGGCAUGGAUUGCGCGGCUUCAUCAGCAUUGACAUUGAUGUAACGUCGCUGCGUGUCAAUCAAUGCGAGGCGCAGCCGUAUCACUUUGGCAGUCGCAAGCAGCAGCACCCGACCAUGCGGCGUUAUCCGCGACUGGCCAGCAAGACGGCCGGGUCGGCGGCGGCGUCGGCAACCCUCAACGAUGAGGCUACGAUCAACGAUUUGCAAGCCUUUCACAGCUCACACAAGUGUCAUCGCAGCUCAAUGGUGUGUGACUAUCGUCAGCCCAGUGCGGAGGCACCGACAAUAAGCAGCGGCAAGAUACUGAACGCACUGACCAGCAGCAGCUGGUCCCGUGGCUCGUACCAGUGCCUGUGCAAGCGCGGCUAUUAUUCGUUGCGGCAUCCGGAUGGCUUCAAUGGCACCAUCAUGGAGAUUGCCUGGCAGGAGCAUCAGGACAAUAUAAGCAAUUACUAUACGGAUGUCUUCAAGUGUUUGCCAUGUGCACCCGGCUGUGACAUGUGCACCGGUCCGGAGCCGUGUCUGGCCAACUAUCAUUGGCCUUUCAGAAUAUCAUUGUUGACCAUAUCCAUUGGCUGUGCCUGCGGCACCUUUGUCCUGGCCGGCUAUCUUUUCCUGCAUCGUCGCGUCAAAGUCUUUAAGGUGGCCAGUCCCAUCUUCCUGAUGAUCACACUCAUUGGCUGCGCCAUCAUGUAUCUGGAGAUGGUGGCUAUAUUCCCGUAUCUGGACACCAGCUGGUGCAUUGUAACCAAAUGGUCGCGUCACAUGGGCUUCUGCAUCACCUACACAUCGCUGUUGAUGAAAACAUGGCGAGUCUCCUUGACGUAUCGCGUCAAGUCGGCACACAAAAUCAAACUGAACGAUCAACAACUGCUGCAAUGGAUGGUGCCCAUUCUGUUGGUCAUGUUGAUUUAUUUGGGUACAUGGACCAUUUCGGCCACGCCCUAUGCGGAGGUGAUCUACGACAAGCAUCAUCUGAAAUUCAAACAGUGCUCGUACAACUGGUGGGAUCACAGCCUGGCCAUCGGUGAGGUCUUCUUCCUGGCCUGGGGCAUACGCGUCUGCUACAAUGUGCGCAACGCGGAGAGUCUCUACAACGAGGCCAAGCUCAUCUCGUAUGCCAUCUACAACAUAGCCCUGGUCAACAUAGCCAUGGUGGUAUUCCACGUGAUGCUCUUUCCCCAAGCUGGACCCGACUACAAGUACAUGCUGGGCUUUGUGCGCACCCAAUUGUCGACCACCACAACCAUUGCGCUGGUCUUUGGGCCAAAAAUCCUGCGCGUGUUCAAGGGACAGGGCGACAAGUGGGAUCAGAAGGCGAAGGUGAGGAGCAUAACAGCUUCGUUCUCGCUGAAUGGCGUCGGUCUGGUGGCAGAAGAGUCGCCCGAUUUGUAUCAGGAGAAUGAAGAGCUUAAGGAACAAAUCCAAAAGUUGGCCCAUCAAAUUGAGUUCAUGAAGACGGUGCACAUGCAGAUGAACAACAGGCACUUGAAACCGAAACCGGGUGGUUAUUUUACCAUCACAUCGACCUCGUUCCAGGCGCCCUACAGCAAGAACACGGUGUCCACAGCACAGACCCAAACGGGCAAAGAUGAGGCCAGCAGCGGGGCCACGCCAACGAAAUGCAAAUCGCCCAAGGGCAAAGUCUGACGAGGUCAACGAAGUGGUAAAGAUUGCUCAAUGGAAGUUGUUGGCGGCGGCCAGCAGGGCACAACAACAGUCGUAGACGAUGCAAUUGCUUUUAGUUUCUAUCAAAAAACGGAGCCAGAGAUGCCAGAGAUGACAAUGCACACGACGGGGGGAGAGCAGCCAGGCGCGGAGCAGGAGGCGGAGACGGAGACGGAGGCGGAAUUGCUUAGACAGUUUCGACGCCUCUUUGCGCCCAUUUUGGAUGACAGUCUGCAGCUGUACUACAAGCUGAAUGAAACGGAUGGGACUGGAGCUGGGCCAGGGGACACAGAGCACAUACGCAUCCAUCAGACGGUGGCGCAGCUGAACGAGCUGACGAGCAGCGAGGAGGAGACUGUGGAGACGCAGGUAAAUAGUCCCACGCCGCCCGUGGAUGUGGAGCUGCUGCAGCCCCGUUCCAGCUGCUGCUGCAGUACGACAUCGAGCAGCUCGCUGUAUGCCAUACACACGCCAUCGCCCGCCCAUCCCGGCGGCUUGCUGCUGCUGCCCCAAUGCCUGGACUCGCCGCUGCUCUGCUGCAGUGACAGAUCGCGCACGAUCACAGAGCAGGUGCAGCUGCAUAAUCCGCCGCAGCAUCUCAUUGACGAAGAGAACAACACAUCGUGCUCAUUGUCAUCGAAUCUGACGGACAGCAAGACUCUGGAUGGUCGUACCCCCAUUGUGGUGUGAUGUGAUCUCUCUCUCCCCAUCUCUCUCUCGCGCUCUCUCUCUCUCUCUCUCUCUGUCUUUUAAUCGGCUUUAUAUGUGAUUUCGUUUACACUGUCUUAGAGCAAACAGCAAACAAAAAUAGCGAAAGUAAGCAGCUUAAUGUUUACACUAGUCUUAAAUAAUGUUUGUGUGUGUGUGUGUGUGUGUGUCUCUGUCUCAGUCAAAGUUGUUUAAAUGUUAAAUGCGUUUAUGCGGUGGAAGGAAGUGGAGCGGCAACACUGAAGUUGCGCAGGGAAAUCUGUGGCUUUAAGUUUAAACAAUUCCUAAAAUACUAAUACUGAGCUACCUUGCCUUAUUUAGUAUUAGUAAUUAGUAUUCCUAAAAUACUAAUACUAACCCUACCUUACCCGUAAUUAGUAUUAGUAUAUUUAAAUUACAAGUUUAACUUUUUUGUUUGUUUUCUUUUUGUUUAGUUUAGUUAUAAUUUUCUUUGAUUUUCUUCGACUGUGUUCCUAUUUUUCUUACCUUCGCUGCUCAGUGUGCACACAAGUGUGUCAGUUGAGCUCAUGUUUCUCUAUAUACAAGCGACAUUGAGCAGUCGACUUAACUGUUGAGUUGAUCCCCCCUGUUUGGCUACGGGUGGGUGGCUCAAGUUUCGUAACUAUU